AUGGACCAGCCCGAGGCAUUUCCCCCCGGCUACAAGCCCUCGACCCACAUUGCGGAGCUACCAGCCACAGCCCCAAUACAAGACAUUCUCUCGGUCAUCGACCGUGAUGGCGGCGUUAUCGUCAAUGGCCUUGUCUGCGAGGAAGAUCUAGCUAGUGUUGAACGGGAAAUUGCGAAAUACACGCAUAACGACCGCGAAGACGAUGACGGAUUUUUCAAGGGGCUCGUGCCACAAGAGACAGUUUUGAUCGGCGGCCUCGUCGGCAAAUCAGAUACCCUCGCGAGAGUCUGCGAGCACCCGGUCCUGGAAGCACUACGGAAAGAGAUCCUGACGGACCAUGGGACCAGGCGAGUGGAAGGGUAUGAUCUGCCCUACCACAUCGACCCGUUGCUCUCAGUCAGCUUGAGCUUCCGCAUGGGCUAUGGAGCGCCGCGACAGCUACUGCACCGUGAUGACGGAACACACUUAAUUGAGCAUGAGAGCAAGCCCUACCGCUUGAACCAGGCGGCGCAGCUGGGGUGCUUGAUUGCCGGCGUCGAGACGACGCAGGCCAAUGGUGCCACAAUGUUCAUCCCCGGCAGUCACCGAUGGGAUGACCAGCGAGAGCCACGCUUAGACGAGGUCACGUUUGCUGAGAUGAAGCCUGGCGCCGCCCUCAUUUUCUUGGCAUCGUGUUGGCAUGGUGCCGGCCAUAAUAGUGUCCCGGGUGUCACUCGCAUCCUGCACGGCCUGUUCUUCGUGCGCGGCACCAUGCGCACCCAGGAGAAUCAGUUCUUAGCGAUUCCUCGCAGCAAGGCACUGACGAUGAGUGCGACGAUGUUGAAUCUGUUAGGGUAUCGCCAGCCGACCGCAGCGUUGGGGAUGGUGGAAAAUGGGGAUCCAAUGUUGAACUUGGCGGCGGUGUUGGCGGCGGCGAAUCAAUAG